UCACAACGUGCACAGCACUACCCGUCUUUUUGUGCAUCCAGAGUAGUUUGUGGCUGCUCUAGUAGCAACCCAAACAUUGACUCCGACUGUUCCUCGACUUAAAAUGCCGCCACCACAGGCUCAGUGUUGCUCGAUCCAAUAUAAGAGGUCGGCACACGAUCUGUCUAUUCCCUUGCCUUCGAGUUGAUCUCCACGUCUGCGGCUAGUGUCAAGCAGGAUAGUUUAUAUCACCCUGGUCACAAUGUUUCUCCAUACUAUCCUCGCUGGCUGUCUUCUUGCCUCAUCACAUGCAGUGUCGAUAACUUCAAGAUCUGACUCUGAACCCUUGCAGCGUUCUCCGCCUAGCGCGGCCCUGUCCACCAUCGGACCUGUCACUGAACUUACUAUCACCAAUAGAAUAAUCGCGCCCGACGGCUUCAAACGGUCGGCUACGCUCGCAGGAGGGAUCUUUCCUGGUCCUCUCAUCAAGGCGCAGAAGCAUGACAACUUUAGCAUCGCUGUCGUAAACCAACUACAGGACAAAGACAUGCCUUUGUCGACGAGUGUACACUGGCAUGGCAUCUACCAACAGAAGACAAACUGGGCAGAUGGCACUUCAUUCAUCACUCAAUGUCCGAUCCCUCAAAAUCGCUCUUUUCUCCACCAAUUUAGCGCACCCAACCAGACGGGAACCUUUUGGUAUCACUCGCAUUUUUCCACCCAGUAUUGUGAUGGUCUUAGAGGACCACUUGUCAUAUAUGACCCUGAUGAUCCACACAAAGACCUGUAUGACGUAGAUGACGAGAGCACAGUACUGACGAUGUCCGACUGGUACCACGAUCCUACGAGUGUGUUAAAUAAGAUCAUCGGCGCCGUUACCUACAACUCCACGCUCAUCAACGGUCUGGGGCGCUACCCUGGUGGACCCAUGUCACCUCUUUCCGUCAUGAACGUUGAGCAGGGCAAACGUUACCGGUUCCGCGUCCUUAGUCUUUCUUGUGACCCAUCAUAUAACCUCACUAUCGAUGGCCAUAUCAUGACCAUCAUCGAAGCUGACGGCGUCGAAACUGUCCCUGAGACUGUGGAUUCGCUUCCGGUGUUCGCUGGCCAGCGCUACUCUGUCGUCAUCCAUGCGAACCAGCCUGUGGCGAAUUACUGGAUUCGUGUACUACCCAACCUUGGAAAUCAAUCGUUUGUAGGGGGCUUGAACCAAGCCAUCCUUAGGUACAAGGGUGCGCCCGAGGAAGAUCCUACGAGCUCUCCCGGACCCUCCAUUUUGCCAUUCAACGAAGCAAAGCUUGCUCCUUUGAUGAACGUUCCGGUCCCCGGUGUGCCUGGGAUUGGCAAAGCAGACAUCAACAUCAACUUAGUUGCUGGUAACGUGAACAACCUCUUCACGAUCAACAACGUUUCGUACCAUAAUCCUCCGACGCCAGUCUUGUUGCAAAUGCUCAGUGGGGCUCGACAUCCUUCAGAUUUGCUGCCGAACGGAAGCGUAUACGAACUUCCCCCGAACAAGGUCGUAGAGAUCUCCCUUCCCAACACGGGUUUGGCUCCUGGCGGUCCACAUCCUAUGCACCUUCAUGGACACAAAUUUGCCGUUGUUAGAGUUGCAGGCAACAGUACGCCAAACUUCGUUAACCCAAUCUGGAGAGACACUGUAAGUAUGGGAAACCAGGGGGAUAACGUUACUUUCCGUUUCGUCACGGACAAUGCUGGACCAUGGUUCUUCCAUUGCCAUAUUGACUUCCAUUUGAACAACGGCUUUGCGGCGGUUAUGGCUGAAGCUCGGAAUCAACUUCCCAUCGUCAGCGAAAGCAUACCAGAAACUUGGGCCUCCCUGUGUCCUACAGACAAUCCAUAUACUGAAUCACACCUGGGUUCCUUUAAUACGAGCAUACUAACAUGAUUGCAGGCUAUGGUUGCUCCCAAAAUAUUCUUCGACUGCUUUCGCGAGGUAUAUCAUUAUUUUAUUUGCCGCCCCUGGGUUUCAAAAGUCUGGAUAUACACAUCGCCUUCACAUCAUGAUCAUAAUGACUCAUUUGAUACUGGACUUAAUAACUUAUCUGCGUAGAUCGUGGGGGCGGGGGCAUGUAAUACGUGUAAUUUGGCUGUACAGUAUAGCUGUGCUGUCUCCAGGGGUAAUGCAUUGACCUAAAUAUUAUGGUCGUUUCCGCUGAUCGUUGGACUUACAUUCAGACCA